AUACACGGAGAUAAUCGUCGUUCGUCAUCGACGUUUCAUUCGUUACCCGGUUUCCGACGUCACCGUCGCCCGCGCCGGGAUAUAAAUCGGAAAAAGCGCGUGGCGGGUGCGCAAAUCUCGGAAGAUGUGUUUCCGAAUCACCCGCUGUUGUUGCUUUCCCAACACCAAAGACGGAUCUUUCGCCGUCGGAGUUUACACCCUGAUUAUCUCCUUGUUAUCGACAAUUGUUUUCGGCGUACUUUACGGACAAGUUCAAAAUGUGGCGAACGUGGUUAAGAGUUAUCCCAAUUCCUCGAGCGUGAAUGAAUCCGUCUUGGCCUACGCAAAUAUAUACCUUAUCCUGUGCAUCGUCUUGUCGUGUAUUUGGUUCCUGGUAGGUUUCUGCCUGGUGUACGGAGCUAAAACGGACCAACGACAUUUUCUCAUACCGUGGUUGAUAUGGAUGGUGAUGGUAAUCGCCGGAGAAUUCCUUACGUUUAUCUGCUCCUUCAUCGUCAUGAUUCAAAUUCCCAGCUACGCCGUCGGGAUGUUAGUAUCGGCUGCCUUCAUCUCCUUUCACAUUUACUGUUACGGUUGCGUCUAUUCCCAGUACAAGUUGUUGACCGAAUCGGACCCUUCGCAGACGACCAUGAAAAAGUUCUAAAGUAAUUAAAUAUACCCGUUAAUUCGGGUCGGGCGUUAAUCGUACCCGGCGAUACUUUUUGUACCGCGCCGUACGUUUUCUAAAUAAAUAUUUGUAAUAAAUCGAAAUUAUAAAAAAUAUAUAUUUUUUUGUCGGGCCCCAGUUUCGGGCGAAGAUUUUCCAAAGAUUAUAUCCGAGCGGAAGGAUAUUAGAACGUACCGUACCGUAGGUCGCCUACUCGGUGCGUAAAAAUUCCCGUCUAUAUUAAACGGAAUACACUUAAAUAAUUAAAGGUAUUUUACGAAUUCGUCGAUAUAUUUAUUAAUAAAUUUCGCGUAACGAGUUAAAUAUAAAUGAAAAUACGGAGAAUAUUUCCGGUAACGGUAUACAAAUACUGGCGAGUUAAGCGCG